CAUUUCAUUUUUCCAAGCCUUUUCCCAAGCUUAGAGAGAGAGCACCCCAAGCCCAUCGUCUUCGGAGAUUGGCUUGGAUCUCUGUUCCUCCUUCGCCUCCGAUUCUCUCUGCGCUCUGUCUCCGCAGUCUUUAAGGUAAUAAAAGGAUGGCCGAUACUGAAGAUAUCCAGCCCCUCGUCUGUGACAAUGGAACCGGAAUGGUGAAGGCUGGAUUUGCGGGUGAUGAUGCUCCCAGGGCAGUGUUUCCUAGUAUUGUGGGUCGGCCAAGGCACACUGGUGUCAUGGUUGGGAUGGGUCAAAAAGAUGCCUAUGUUGGUGAUGAAGCCCAAUCUAAAAGAGGUAUUCUUACCUUGAAGUAUCCCAUUGAACAUGGUAUUGUCAGCAAUUGGGAUGACAUGGAAAAGAUUUGGCAUCACACAUUCUACAAUGAGCUUCGGGUUGCCCCUGAAGAACACCCAGUGCUUCUAACUGAGGCACCCCUCAACCCUAAGGCCAACAGAGAAAAGAUGACUCAAAUCAUGUUUGAGACCUUUAAUGUGCCUGCCAUGUAUGUUGCCAUUCAGGCUGUUCUCUCUCUAUAUGCCAGUGGUCGUACAACUGGUAUUGUGCUGGAUUCUGGUGAUGGUGUGAGUCACACUGUGCCAAUUUAUGAAGGUUAUGCCCUUCCCCAUGCUAUCCUUCGUCUUGAUCUUGCUGGACGUGACCUCACUGAUGCUCUGAUGAAGAUUCUAACUGAGAGGGGUUACAUGUUCACCACUACUGCUGAACGGGAAAUUGUCCGGGACAUGAAGGAAAAGCUUGCAUAUGUUGCUCUUGACUACGAGCAAGAGCUGGAAACUGCAAAGAGCAGCUCCUCAGUUGAGAAGAACUAUGAGCUGCCUGAUGGGCAAGUCAUUACUAUUGGAGCUGAGAGAUUCCGUUGUCCAGAAGUCCUCUUCCAGCCAUCUCUCAUUGGGAUGGAAGCUGCAGGAAUUCAUGAGACUACCUACAACUCCAUCAUGAAGUGUGAUGUUGAUAUCAGGAAGGACCUCUAUGGCAACAUUGUGCUUAGUGGUGGGUCAACCAUGUUCCCUGGUAUUGCUGACAGAAUGAGCAAGGAAAUCACUGCUCUUGCUCCCAGCAGCAUGAAGAUCAAGGUGGUGGCACCACCUGAGAGAAAGUACAGUGUCUGGAUUGGAGGAUCAAUUCUUGCCUCCCUCAGCACCUUCCAGCAGAUGUGGAUCUCAAAGGGUGAAUAUGAUGAAUCUGGUCCAUCCAUUGUCCACAGGAAGUGCUUCUAAGUUCUACAAGUGCUUUGAUGGUGAGUUCCUUUUUUCCCCCUUUAGUUGGCUUUUCGUGUCAUGUGUCAUGUGAACUCAGUUUGGUUGACAUGGAGAUGUGUUGAGGUGGGGUUAUUGAAGACAAGUAUAUUUGUGAUCUUGAUGUAUUGUACCCUUCGCACGAUAUGAUUCAUCUUCUUGUUACUACGUGUGGAGGGAUUUAUCUGUAAUGGUCCUCUGGAUCCUGGGGGCCAGGCUAUUGCAACUCAGUCCUUGCCUUGCGUCAUCUAUGGUCCAACCUCGUCUUUUAGUAGGAUGUUUGUAGCAGGAGAGUGAUUGGUGAUGCUUUUUCCCUUCUAUUUUUUAAUUUUCAUAUUUGAAGUUUUUUCCCUGGGAACAUUUAUGUUAAUAUUUAUUGUAUGAGAAAUUUUAUAUUAGUGUCAGUUUGCGGUAUUAAACUCCUUAUUGAAAUUAUAUUUUAUACUGGGUUGAAAGCUUCUUA